AUGUUGAGCAGUCAGCCUCCUUUACUGGAGUCCGAUAGUGACGAGGAACAUGCAUUGCUUCAUGUGCAUGAUCUUCCUCAACUCUACCAAAAGCCCUCGUCAGCUGCUUUGUUGCAAGCGUUGAGUCUACUGUCUUUUGAGCCGCCGUCGUUCUCGGCCCAGAAUGUCGACGGCCGCCACAAGGUCGAGGAACAAGGCGUUCCCGGCUACUUAACUUCCGUUGUCUCAUCAAGUCUCGGGUGGAUCGAAGACGAGGAUGCAAAAGACUCGAUAUGGACCGCUGCAAGCGCUCGACUCAGCGAGCGUGCUGGCCGGAACGCUAUGCCUGCCAUGACGAGAACAUUCGUCAUCAACGAUCAGCUAUCUAUUAGCCUUCAUGAGCCUUCGUUGACAGAGGAUAACCUUGGCCUGAAAACUUGGACGUCUUCGCUUCUUCUGGCUCAACGCUUGGCCGAGUGUCGCCAGUACAUUCGCGAGGAUUGUACCCGAGCCUUGGAGUUGGGUUCUGGUACAGGACUUGUUGGCAUCGCAGCUGCCUGCAUAUGGCAUACACAUGUGCUUUUGACUGACUUGCCGGAAAUCGUGCCAAACCUACAGCAGAACCUUUCGCAGAACCAAGAAUUGAUUUCUCGACUCCAUGGCACCGUUAAGGCUCGAUCACUUGAUUGGAACGAUGAAACCGAUUUACCAGCGCAUGAAUCAGAGAAGUAUAUGGUCAUUCUCGCUGCCGAUCCUAUCUACUCGCCCGAACAUCCCAGAUUGCUCGUUGCCACAGUCCGGAGGUGGAUCAGUUGGGAUCAGUAUGCAAGAUUCAUCGUUGAACUCCCCCUACGAGAACGAUAUGAAGGUGAGAGAAACGAUCUCAGGGCACAUCUUCGUGAGAACGGCUUUGGUCUCGUAGUCGAAGACACUGAUACUGGGUACGACGACUGGCAAAGCCGUGAUGGAGGCCUGGCAGAGGUUAAAUGUUGGUGGAGCAUAUGGAAGCCACUCGUAGAUCUUUAG